UUUCCUAAGUCCUGAACGUGUUGCUCCGUACCUACGUGCUAGUGAUAAAUCAUUCAAAGUUGAUAGGAGCGCUGUUAGUUCAAAGUGAUAGCAAAGAACAGCCCUACUCAAGAUCAGUGCUAGCUUCAACAAUCUCGGUAUGGCGUAUUACGGUCCCAAUUCCGGAAUAUGGGGUCAACCCAUUUCCAACUUGACUGUGGUAGAUAAAGUACCACCGGAAAUCAUGCACCUGAUCGACCCUCACUGGUAUCAAUUUCCACCGAUGAACCCGCUGUGGCAUUCUAUUAUUGGAUUUGUGAUUUUCUUGCUAAGUGUGGUAUCCGUCAUUGGCAAUGGCGUAGUUAUCUAUAUCUUCACUACUGCUAAAUCCCUCCGGACGCCGUCCAAUCUGUUUGUCGUCAAUUUGGCCCUUUCCGAUUUCAUGAUGAUGUCUACCAAUGGCUUCACCAUGGUCUACAAUUGUUGGUUUGAAACCUGGGCCCUCGGAGUGCUGAUGUGUGAUCUGUACGCCUUUACCGGAUCCCUGUUCGGGUGCUGCUCGAUCUGGACCAUGACUAUGAUCGCCCUUGAUCGGUACAACGUCAUCGUGAAGGGUCUGUCCGGAAAACCGCUGACCAAUACCGGGGCCAUCCUGCGAAUACUCCUUUGCUGGUUGAUUGGAGUUUUCUUCGGUAGUCUGCCGAUGCUGGGAUGGAAUCGAUACGUUCCGGAAGGCAAUAUGACCGCCUGUGGAACCGACUAUCUGACCGAUGAUUGGUUCCACAAGUCGUACAUAUUGACGUAUUCUUUCUUCGUGUACUACGUGCCUUUGUUUACCAUCAUCUAUUCCUACGUGUAUAUUGUUAAGGCCGUCACAGAGCACGAGAAAGGCAUGCGGGAGCAGGCCAAACGGAUGAACAUGCAAUCCCUUCGAUCCGGCGACGACGGGAAAGCGGCCGAAAUGAAGCUGGCCAAAAUCGCUCUGGUCACCAUAUCGCUCUGGUUCAUGGCCUGGACUCCAUACACCGUUAUCAACUACACCGGUGUGUUCCAGACGGCCCAAAUUUCACCGCUGGCCACCAUUUGGGGAUCCGUCUUUGCCAAGGCCAAUGCCGUCUACAACCCGAUCGUAUAUGGUAUCAGCCAUCCACGGUAUCGGGCGGCUCUGUAUCGACGCUUCCCCUCGUUGGCCUGCAACGACGUCCCGAUCGGUGAUGAUAAAUCUAUGGCAUCGGAUACAUCGGCAGUCAGCUGCGGAACACCGACUGAAACUACUACUACUAGCGCUUGAAAAAGCGACUGAGACAAAGAUAAUAAAUCCAGACGUCCUAAGUAUUCGUUAUUAAGUUUAAGAUGCUUUUUCGAAUCGUUUACAGCACUUGUAAGCUUAUGAGCUAUGUAGACUUUUAUUAAACACCUAUUAACAAAAAUCAGUUGGUACAUGAUACCAGUAACACAUGCACGUAAACAAGCAAUAAAACCGAAAAGAGGUUUUG